GUUCCGCCGAUAAUAAAGAUGGCGGUUGGACCCGCGUAAAUUGGAGAUCUCCUGGAGGUCGUUUUCCUGCCUUCAUGGUGUCAGUGACAUCCUGUUACAAGCAAACGUGUUGACCAAGGACCAACUAUGGCUUUUGAGGAGAUCAAGAGUAAAGGAGGAAUGGAUGUGGGGAUGGAGGGAGACAGGGGCCUUGUUGCUGGUCGGAGCCAGAGAGAGAAGAGGAGGUCGUACAAGGAUCUGCUAAGAGAGGAAGAGGAGAUGGCUGCUCAGGUCCGAAAGUCGUCUUCCAAGAAGCGACCCAAGGAUUCAGAACUUUUCAUGCUGGGAGGGGAUUCGCAUAAGAAGAAGAAGAAACACAGCGAUGAGCACUAUUACAGAGACCACGAUGGUUCAGGUCCAACUUCUCACAAGAAGAAGCACAAGUCUGCCGACCGCUCCCCGACCCUGUCGUCCCCGUCGUCCUCCCUCCCGACAGACACAGCGAUGGGCCUCCUUCAGGCCAUCACCUCUCCCUUGGCGACGGGAUCAGAACCCAGCCCACACUUACACAAGAAACCCUCCUACCCGCCCGUCUCCUCACAUUCCUCCAAGGACCGCAAACGUGAGGGCAACAGCAGUAGUGGAAGCAAAGGAAGCCACUCCCUCUCUCACUCGCGCCCCGUGUCUUCCUCGUCCUCUUCUUCCAAGAAGCACUCCUCCUCUUCUUCCAAGUCCUCCCUGUUCCACGGUGGAGCUCCCAAAGAGGAGCCGCUGACGUUGCGUGAGGCAGACGGGCUGAAGAUGAAGCUCAUCAUGUCGCCGGAGAAGGAGGAAGGCGAGAGCUUCCCGUUCACGCCGCACUCAUCCAAAGGAGGCGUGAAGAAGGAGAAGGAGAGAGACAGGUCGCAGCCCUCCAAGUCGUCCAAGAAGAAGCAGCAGCAGAGUCGAGAUCCACUGCCUGUGGUGGGAAAGGAGGUGGAGGUAGAAGGUCAUUACGGAGGAGGAAUGGGAGAUGAUAGUUCUUCAUCUGGGGCCGAGCUGGAGGCUGGAGAGUUGAUCAUAGAUGAUACAUACACACAUAUGGCGAAAAAGAAGAAGAAGAGCAAGAAAAGCAAGAAGAAAAAAGACAAGGAGAAGGACAGGGAUAAGGAAAAAAGUGGGAAAGAUAAGAAGCACAGCAAAGGAUUUGGAGAUUCCUCAAAGAGCCACGGCCACUCCCAUCCCACUGUCACUCACAGUGCUGUCGGCCCAAUGUAUGCUAUGGGCGCUCCUAUCCCUCCACACCACCAUCAAGGCAGUGACGGAAUACCAGAGAAGAAGAAGAAGAAAGAGGAGAAAGACAGGGACAAGCAUGACAAAGAUAAAGAGAAGCCCAAGAAGAAGAACACAACAGCCUAUCAGGUGUUUUGUAAAGAGUACAGAGUCAACAUCAACGCCGAACAGCCAGGACUAGUCUUUGGUGAACUAAGCAAGAGGUUGGCAGAGGUGUGGAAGGCGAUGCCCGAGAAAGACAAACUCGUCUGGAGGCAGAAGGCUCAGUAUCUGCAGCACAAACAGAACAAAGCCGAGGCCACGACGAUCAAACACAAGAGCUCCACCGAGAGCAAAAGCAAAGUUGUAGCAACAGGAACCGGGAUUGUGUCGCCGAGCAGAGCCCCCGGCACCUUGUCCCUGUCCCCUGCCCGAAUCCCAGAGGUGGAUCCCAUUGAUGCAGCAGCUCACCUGCAGCUACUGGGAGAGUCCCUGUCCCUGAUUGGGCAUCGACUACAGGAAACAGAGGGGAUGGUGGCCGUGUCCGGGAGCCUGUCUGUACUUCUGGACUCCAUCUUGUGUGCGCUGGGGCCACUGACCUGUCUCACAGCACAGAUACCACAGCUAAACGGCUGUCCUCGAAACGUCCUGUCGAAUACAUUGGACAACAUCGCCUACAUCAUGCCUGGACUGUGAGUGGAGGAUGCAGAGUGAUUGUUCAGCAGAUCCAGAGUCAGCAGACGUGACAGGAUUGGUUCUUGGUGCAGGACCGACCCACGGACUUUGAUUUAAAGCCACUGCCCUGCAUCUGAAAACUUGGAAUAUUUCUAGUGUCGACAUAUUUUUUAAAGUGUAUUUUAAAAAAAAAAAAGGAACGUCAUUCUUUUAAUUUUGUAAUUGUCAUAUUUUUUUAAAUGAAACAUUUUACUGGACAUUCUAAUUGUUCUUGGGGUAUCAGCUUAGUUUUACUGUUACUGUACAGCUGUUGUGUGAAUGUGUGUGUGACUGUAUGUAAUGUGCUGAACGUGUGUAGCUGUAAAGUGGGUGUGGCCGUGUGACCGAUGAGUUUCCCCUACCUGUUUUUUUACUGAAAUGUACAGGAACAAUGUAGUUGAUCUUCUGCUCAUCAUCAACAAACAUAAUAUAUUUAACACCUGAUUUUCUUUUACCAUGUAAAAAGUACUGUUAUGCCUUAUUUGCUUGUUUUAUAGAUUUGAUAUUUCCCUGUUCUUACAGCGUUUAGAUUUUGUCUGUUCUGUAGAAGUUCAGAAGCGAUAGAAAAACAGUUUGAUCUAAAAUGAGCUGCUCAAGCAGUUCACUGCUUCAAAUCCACAACUGUGGCAACAAUAAAAUAUGAUCUGAUCAGAUAUGACGCAG